AGGACAAUAUAAUUGAUAUUGGUUUGUAAGCAAUAGCAAUACUAAAUCAGAAUUCUUGCAAUGGUGUAAUCUGUAUUGGCGACAGCUAUCGAUAAGCAAAGUGAUUUUCCAGGAAGGUGUUUUGUCCAGCUCAAAAACAGUAUUUGCUGAGCUUUAUGCGGGUAAUAAUCUAUAUACAAGCUUGCAAAAGACGAAGAUUGACGACGCCAUUUUGGCAAGAGAACAAACAGAGCAUGCAUCAGAGCGACUUCUUUACUGAGCUUUCUCUGACAAGCCCAGACAAAAAUAACUUGGUGCGACUGAAGGCGAUCUCUAAAUCAUUUGACGACCUCACAAGUGAAACCUUGUACAGCAGAUGGAAACGCACGCGAAAGCACUGCACGGGAAAGCGAAGCAGAAAUAGAUCCCUACUCUCGCUACCAGAGCUGAAAGAAUCAGAGGAGCAUCUGGACGAGCACCACCGCCCCCCGGAUCAGCAUUCCCAGGGGGAGGGUCUGCAGGGGGGACACCCACGAGGCUGGACGAUCUGUCCGGGGGAAAUUCGGAGUGAGAACUCCCGAGAUUGUCGUUGCGAGACCCCCCUGACUGAUGGUGGCGAGAGCGUCAUUAGCGAUUCCUGGUCGAGUAGCGAAGUUACUGAUACGACGUCUAUUAGCAUGGAAUCAACGGACAGUGGAGUCGAAGAGCGCUUUCCGAGUACAUCUCCGACUCCAAGCGUGUGGUCGGAAACUUCCGAAGAUGACGGAGUCUUCGUGACAGCUCCGAAUAAAUUUGUAUCUCAUCUGAAACUCUACCCGCGCUUUCAUAGUGCUUCAGAUACCACUGACAAGCGACCGAAAGCUUACCCUGCAACGGAAAUCAUAAACAUGCAAGCGGAAGUUGACGAAAAGGAAAAUCAAUCUGAAGUUCUUGUCACAGAGAUAACUACGUAUCUUCACGGAAAUGUAUCGAAGACUACCCGAAGUUUAUCCGAGGGAGACGACUCAAAUUAUCAUCAGACAGUCGUUGCAGCCCGUCCCAUAAACAAACGCGCUUUUCUACUUCGGAAGCGCAGUACAUCCGCCCGCGUCCCGAGCGAACUGCAGUUCUUGAAGACUGCGGAAAUGGCGAAACAAUACCUCGAAAGCGCCUCUAGUUCCGAUGACGUAUGGCUUAAACGUGAUGCGGUCGGGACCUCAAGAAUUGAAUCAAGGCAUAAAAGGCCUAGCGGGGUGGGUUACAAACACAAGGGUCUUGUUAAUAACAAUAUUCAUGGAGCAACACUUGGGCAACUAUGCGACGGGUCACAUAACGGAUUGGGACGCACGUAUGCGCUGGUUAGCCAACCAAUAGAGGCCGUUUCCCAACGUGACUUCAAUAAUAACGCAGACGGCAGAAAAUUUGUUCGAAAGAUCAGUGCGCCAGCAGUAACUUCUACAUCAAGAAUGGAGAAAGAAACCGACGAACAGCAAGAAGCAUGGGAUCAAGUUCCCAAGGAAGUUUCCAGGGGAGAAAAUAUGACUCUUAAUAUGCGAAAAGGUGGAUCAUACGCAGUCGGAAGAUCACAAUCUUUUGCCGGAGAAAGCGGACAUAAACCAGCUACAAUGCCUCGAUUGUCGAGGCGGGCAACAACUACGCUUUCAAAUCGCAAAGCAAAUGACUUAUGGAGUAAACAAGUGGCUAAAGAACUGCUAGAUAAAAUCAAUAAAGCAGAUGAGAAAUCCGAGAAAGAGAGACUUGAUGUUGUUGAGCGGGCUUUUGAAUGGAUUCGUAAGGAAUUGGCGGAUUUGAGGGCUCAAGAUAAGGACAUCAUGCGAAUGUUUACAAAGAUUCAAGCAGGAAUAAGGCACAUUAAGUUCGACCAGUCUUUGUUAUUAGAAACUGCCGAGGAUGAUUUUAAUUCUAGUCCAGAUUUAUCGCAAAAUAUAUCAUAUUCUGUGUCAGAAACUUCGACAACUCCACGAAGAGCUAGUCUACUUUAGGUCUCUUCUUUAUACGUAAACAGUCAUGGUCGCUUUCAAUUCUAGUGUUUAUACGACCGAUUUAACUGCUUUUUAUCGAAAAUUAUUACCAUGGAAUCAUUUGUGGUGUUUCUUUUCUAGUUCGUGUUAAGAUAAUGCUGUCUAUUGAAGUAAUAUAAUAAGUAGUUUUCGGCUAACUUCGUGACCUCUUUAUCAAGUCUAAGUUAAAUAUUCGUGUUUGUCUUAUCGAUCAAACAAAGUCAUUGGGUGAAGAUGGAAUAUUGAAAGUAAAGACUAGUUAUGUUUGUCACGCACAGCUAGUCGUAAAUAUAUUAUAGAACAAAGUUUAGCUGACAAAUUGUUACAAUAUCAGGGUUUUCAUAAAAUUGAUUAAAAGUUUCUUGCAAAAAGUAUGUUUUCAUAAAUGUUUUGCUGUGCACUUUCUUGGGAUAAAAACUAUGAUCUAACUGAAUUUCUAUUGAUAUUAUAAUUUCGUUAGUGUGAUAUGACAAAAAUUUAUGUGAUAUUUAUGUAGUGUUUGGUUAGAAAAUGUCGUAAAAAGAAAAUAAAUGUGUGUUUUUUUUUGUAGGAUUUAUUUUUUUAAUAUCGAUUCUGCAUACCUAACUACUGAAUGGUGUUGUUGUUUUGAACGAUUAGCCUAAGAGCUAAGCCGAAGACAAUAAAACAUCUUUGUAAGGAAAUUUGAAAA